AUGAUACGCUUCUUUUGCUUUUCAGACCAAAGAAUGAGUUUUAUCAAUUCUGUACUGCAGUUUAACCCCCAGAAUCUAAAACCUACGCUGGUGGACGUGAGAAACAUAGAUGGAACGGUUACAGUCACGGACAAGUAUGGAACUGUGCUGAGAGAUAGACAAGUUGAAAAUUCCGAGCCAAAUUUUUCCCAAUAUGGGUACAUAAUGAACCCUAAUCCGGAUUUGCAGAUAGGAUGUAUUAAUCUUGAUGAAUUUCGCAUUUUGUUCGGUUCUGCCGAUGUUGCCGGUGAUCUAAACUGUUUAAAAUCGAACGGAAUCACGCACAUAAUAAAUCUUGUGUCAAGUUUUGUGCCCAAUUCAUUUCCGAAUGAUUUUGAAUAUUUAUCUCUAGUAUUGUAUGACGAUAUGCAGUUUAGAUUGCGCGAUUCUAUCUACCAGUGUAUUGAUUUUCUUCGCAAAGUCAAGAGAAAAAAGGGAACUUGUUUCAUACACUGCGACGCAGGUCGUUGUCGUGCACCAUCUAUGGUCAUAGCCUAUUUGAUAAAGGAGCAUGAGUAUUCUUACGAACGUGCUUACAACGAAGUGAACAAUGCUCGCAACGUUGCCAUUAACCUCAACUUCAGGGCCCAACUAAUGGCUCUAGCACAACGUUAUUUUCAUCUUCAUUUGUUUACAAAUGCAUGUUUCGCUUGA